GUGGCGGAGCACUUCCGCGCCGCCUGGGCCGUCUUCCAGACGCUGCUGUUCGCGCUGAUCGGCGCCGAGGUGGACGUGGCCGCCAUGCAGCCGCUCCACGUGGCGCUCGGCGCCGCCGCCCUCGCCGUCGCCCUCGCGGCACGCAUCGCUGUUACUGUGCUUAUUGCCUUCGGGGCAGACCUCACGUGGAAAGAAAAGCUGUUCCUGUCCUUCGCUUGGUUUCCAAAGGCCACCGUACAGAAUUUGAAUUCAAUCGGAAACUCAAAUGAAGGGUUUGAUAACGUGCCCGAGGACAGUGCAACUGGCCGUUUUGAAUCGCAGAGCAACGGUCAAACCCCAACCUCCGCAGGUGUUGAAGACACCGAAAGUGCCAAUGGC